AGCGGAAACCGGCGUCAGCCGCGCGCCAGUGCCGGGGCGGAGCCGGAAGCAGCUGUUUGCUGUGGUGGUGGCCGCCAUGGUGUGCGACAAGUGCGAGAAGAAACUCGGUAGGGUAAUCACUCCUGAUACGUGGAAAGAUGGUGCAAGAAACACUACAGAAAGUGGUGGCCGCAAGUUAAAUGAAAACAAGGCACUGACCUCGAAGAAGGCAAGAUUUGAUCCGUAUGGAAAGAACAAAUUUGCAAUAUGUCGGAUUUGUAAGAGUUCUGUCCAUCAACCAGGGUCUCACUAUUGUCAAGGAUGUGCCUAUAAAAAAGGCAUUUGCUCAAUGUGUGGCAAGAAGGUCUUGGAUACGAAGAACUACAAGCAAACUUCUGUCUAAUAAAAUUGACUAGUCUUUUUAUGAACUUUUGUCUUCAACUUCUGUACAGCAACUUUUCUCUAAAAUAGUUUGUAAAUAUUACUUUCUGAAAGAUAAUACAUUUACUUGGAAUGAGAUGAGAGUUAGAGGCAGCCUGAAUGUUCACCUGGAAAUGUAUGUAAUACUUGAUUUUUAUUGUUGUAGCACUAAUGUUAACUGAUAUUUAAAGACAGUGGUUUGCAGCAAUUGCUACAUUUGAAAGUGAAUGAGAAGAUCCUGCAGGAAAGCUUGAACCUGUAUUUCCAUCAUCACACAGAUCUUUGAGAUUAACACUUUUAUUCUUUUGUUGUAUCUGC